AGAUGCCAUUGAGUUCAUUUCCUGCUGUCAUCUGCUGUUGGGCAUGUAGCCUACCCUUAAGAGUGGUUUGUUUCUCCAAUGAGAAGCCAUUAGAGGAAAACAAAUUUUCAUUUAUGGUUCAGUUGGAGACAGCUUCUGCAUUAGGGCUGGGGCGACAUGUGUCCACCUCUCCUUUCAGCUCUAGAACCUCAGUCUGCUACAGUUCUCUCUGCGUGCUGCCUCAGUCUCUGUGGGUUCUUAUUUGCAUCAACCCUGUUGGUUUUGAGGCCUUGCUUUCUUGGUGUUCUCCAUACCCGCUGUCUCUCAGACUUCCUGCCUCCUCUUCCACGGGAUUCCCUGAACACUGAGAAAUACAUAAAUAUUUUUAAAUUGUAUUGCCUUGGAUAUUUACUUCCUAUCAUAGAAAAAUUAACUCCAAAUGGAUCAAAGCCCCAAGAAUAAGACUGACAAUAGAAAAACCAAACCCCGCAGGCUUAAAUCCUCAUUUUUUUUCUUUUUUUUCGGAGCUGGGGACCGAACCCAGGGCCUUGUGCUUGCUAGGCAAGUGCUCUACCACUGAGCUAAAUCCCCAGCCCCGGCUUAAAUCCUCAAGUGCUUAGGUUUGGUGAUUGGGUCAUAGUACAAGAGUGAGAGCCAGAGGAAACCCAGAUCCACUGGAAUCCUUAAAAAUUAACGACCUCUGUACAUGAAAAGACCAAGCCAAGGCAGUGAAAAGACAAGAACACAACAGGAGAAAAUAUUUACAAUUAUGGAUCUAGUUAGGUCUGACCUAGAGAAUGUGAAGAACUCUUUAAUUCAACAAGUACAUGAUAACCUAAUUUCAAAAAUGAACAAAGGAUCUUUUUUAAAAUUUAUUUUAUGUGCAUUGGUGUUUUGUCCGCACUCAUAUCUGUUUGAGGGCGUUAGAUUCCCUAGAACUGUAGUCACAGACAGCUAUGAGCCACCAUGUGGGUACUGGGAAUUGAACCCAGGUCCCCUUGAAGAGCAGUCAGUGCCUUUAACCACGAAGCCAUCUCUCUACCCCCUGGACAAAGGAUCUUAGUAGACAACUUUCUAAAGAGCAUAAAUAAGUAUUCAACAAACACUUAGGAGAUACUUGACAUCACUUGAUGACUACCAGUAAGUUAAACUUGAAGUUUCCAUUUGACACAGCAAGUCUACUCUUAGGUAUAGAUCCAGAAUAAUUCAAAGCAGUUAUUCAAACAGAAUACUUCAGCAGAGUAACAUAAAUAUAAGGAGGUUUUGGUGUUAUGUGGGGUUUUACUUUUUCUAUUCUAAGUCUGAUUCUUGGGGCUUUGAUCCAUUUGGAGUUAAUUUUUCUAUGAUAGGAAGUAAGUAUCCAAGGCAAUACAAUUUAAAAAAUAUUUAUUUAUUUCUCAGUGUUCAGGGAAUCCUGUGGAAGAGGAGGCAGGAAGUUUAAGAGACAGCGGGUAUGGAGAGGAGGUUACUCAGUAUAAGUCCGUUGAUGAAAAGAUAUGAACAUACAUUGUAUUCAGACAGUGGUAUGUUAUUUAGCCAUAGACUUCAAUACAGUUUUUUAAAAAAUAUUAAGAAAAAUCUUUUGUGUAUGUACCCAGUGGCCAUGGCGACCAGAAGAGGGUGUUCGAUCUUGUAUAACUGGAGUUAUAGGCCAUUGUGAGCUGUUGUGUGGGUGCUUUGAACUGAACCCAGGUUCUCUGCGUGAGCAAUAAGUGCUCUUAACUGCUGAGCCAUCUCUCCAAGCCCAAGGUGCCAUGAAAUGUUGAUCCAUGUUGCAAUAUGCGUAAUAGACCAGACACACCGAAAUAGACCAGUUAAUCUUCUUCAAGGAGCCACAUAUGUCUGAUUCCAUUUACGUGGAAUGUCCUAAGUGGACAGAUCCAGAAAGACUCAGGUUAAUGGUUGAAAGUUUUCAGUAGGAGGCAUUGGAGGUAAGUAAGUGCUGAAUGGGUAUGGGAUUUCCUUGGGAUGAGGAAACGUUCUGAAAUGAAAUGGCUAUACAAAAUUGUAGAUGUACUUGAUGAUUUAAAGUAGAUAAGGCUGUGAAUUCUAGGUUGGGUGUGUUUGACCACAUGAAAUUUUUUUCAUUGAGUUUUUGGCUGGCCUGGCAUCCUUCUUACACAGUCAGGCACACUGACAGAGAGACACAAGAAAUUUGGGUCUAGAGAAAGCUUGCUGGCUGACUCAUGUCAAAGCUUUGGGAAGUAAACCACACAGUCUCCAUGGGUCUUGGUUUUUCUGGCUACAGAAUGAAGAGACUAAAUGGAAUGAGAGCUAAAUUCCUAUACAACUCUAAAAUUCCUUUAUUUGAGCUAUAAAUAUCAAUUUAGAAUUCUGAAUUUUAUGCUUUACGUUGUUCCUGAUUCACGUCCAUUGAUGAAAUGAAUAUGUUUCUAAAUUUGGUUAUAUUCUGCACCAAGAAACCACUUACAAAAGCAUACUAGGUGUAUAAACCUCACAAUAUAACUUAUAACUAGGUAGUCAAAAAGUCCCCAAAGUAAUUGGGAAAUGGAUUAGUAUACUUGUAAGAAAUAUUUCCCUUUUUAAUGCACUUUUUUAAUAUUUAAUAUGUUAGGAAUGUGAACUUUUAACUUGUCAAACUAUUGUAACGUAUUUGAAAAUUAUAGUAAUUUGAUUAAAAUGUUGCCUAUAAGGCAAAAGGUUUAGUUAAUGGAAUCCAUAUGUAAUUAAAAUGCAGAACUAAAUGUAAUCAGACUCCAGUGACUAGGGCCUUCAUAUUGAUAGUUUUACAAUGGCCUCUGGGGUUGAAAGUUUAAAUGUUACAGAAUAUAGUAGGGCCGUAGAAAACAAGCUGGCAGUUUAUUUGUGUUAAUGUUACCAACAGAGCCACUUAAUGAUAUGCGACUGUGGCAUCCCGGAUCGGCGUCCUCUUAGUAGUAUCGUCUGUUGGCAGGUGGCAGAUCCACAUGGCUGCUGCACGGCUGGAAGAACAUUCCCCACGGCACUGUGGUAUAGACAGACCAAGAUGAAGGUCCCUGCCCGAGCCAAGCCACACUCUCUUUCAAUAACAGAGCUGCUUAAUUUGGGUGAAUUCACUUGAAUCAUGCGAAAGUAAUAGACACAACACUAUGCACCAAGCCACAAAAAAGUUAAAAAUUUUUUCCUGAACUUAAAAAAAAAAUUGAUUUUCUCUGGACAAGUUUAAGAGUCGACAUCCUGUGCUAGAGUUCUCUAAUCAUCACCAGCACAAUUUACAAUCAGAACACACAGAGAGCCAGUUCAGACCAGCUCAUCUGUUGAUCUUGGCAACGGCCCUCCAUCUCACUGUGUACAGCUGCCACUUACGAGUGGGGGGACUCAGCGGAGAGUUGGGGGAGCGCUGCAAGGCUGGUCAAGGCAGGAGCACACAGACCUGCUUCAUCUCAAUGGUCUUUCGUAUUUUACUGCCCUCCACCCCUUUUUAACUCAAAAUUAAAUACGGACCUCUCCUGAACCACUGCGCUCCAGGCAUAAGAAAUUGUAAUGUCUGGCUUCCAGAAACUGUCCCGUCAAAAUGUGCUUCUGAUUAGGUGGCUUAAUUACAGCUGUGAAAACAAUGUUGAUUUAGGCCUCAAGAUUCCAGGGCUUGUCAGCUGCCAUUAGCUAACCUUGGACUGAGUCCACCAUUUUAAAACCCUGUACCACUAAAGUCACCCUGCCUGACAACUUUUUAUUUAGUUGGAAAAGUUGCCAAAAGCAGUACAUUUUAAUCAACGUAUUGUUCAACACACAAUUUCAUUCGUAUCACCAUUAGUGACUUUAUCAAGAACAAGGAAGCUCUAUUUGUUCAAACCACUAAAUCUCGAGUAGUACUUUUGAAGGGCAACCGACACAAGAAUUACUUUUAAUUCCUUUAAUUCAGUUUUAUUUUAAUUCUAGCAUGUUGGUUUAACCACCCAACUUUAUUACACCUAAAUUUUCCUGACAGUUUCAUUUGCUGUUAGGAAAUAAAAUUGCAUUUUUUUUUCAGCAUGGGAAAUAAUGGCUAGUUUUAAAAAAUGUUAUGUUUGAAGCUUCCCUUGCCUGAAGCUUGUUCAGACCCAAACUCAGUUUACUUUUGGAAAGAAACAGACCUCAUUAAAUGGUUUUUAAUAUUUUAAUAUUGCCUAAGUAUUUUUCCAUGGCGAGAAGGCUGAUUAGACCUGUCUAUUUCCACCUGCAGGGGAGCUAAAAGUAGUAAUUAUUUGAUGGCCCCUGUACUUUGGACUUUUCACCACAAUUGAUGCAGAUACUGUGAGUAGCCGUGUAUUUUAGGCCGUUCUAAUCUCAUUCACUAUUGGAUAUGUAAACUUAUGUGACACGGAUGGCAAUACGACAGUAUAACAGUCGAAAACAGUCAGUGAUUAAAACCAAAGCAAUGCACUGAAGGCAUAAGCAUGACAGGAAGUUGAACCAAUAUAAAAGGAAUUAAUUCUCAUAAUCAUUUUGUGAAAACUUUUGCUUAGAAAUUCUUUAAAAUGAAAUCUCCCAUUAAAUUCCUUGAUGCAUUUUCCCUGUUGAUCAGAUUCGUUGCAGAUUAGUGAGUUAACUCAGCGUCUGUUUGCGCUGUAUUAGGAGCUCACACCUAGGUAGCGUUUGUUAGGAAUGGAUACACAUAUAGAUAAGCGGAUGUGCGUUCUGAAAGAGUCUUGGGCUCCUGAUUCCAGACAGAGCAGAAGUCAGAAGCCCUGUAAGCAUCCGGUAGCCAUCUACAACAUCCUCAAACCAGCAGAGGUUUCGGAGGCGGGCUUUGCAUCUGUCUUUAGUUCAGCUGUUAUUUGAGUUAAUGUUCAUGUCAAACUUAUAAAAGAAAUUUAUAAAACUUGUAAAAGAAAUCCAUAAAACUUAUAAAGGAAAGAGAGAGGGUAUACAGAAUGCCCAGGAUGACAGAGUCUAGGCCAGAGCUAUUGACUAUUUGCAUAAAACCCAUCCCCUAAAGAUGUAACUAGAUAUUCAUUCUGGAAAAAAAAAGUUGACGAGGUGCAACAGAGGGGAAACAUGAAGAACGACAAGGUUCGCAUUGUCAUUUAAGGGACAAGUGCAUGUAAGUCUGAAUAAAAGUGUUAUAGUUUCUGUGUUUAAAAAAAAACCCAGCUAAUUCCUCCCUUUCAGCACGAAGCGGCUGUGCAUAAAGACGGCACAUUCUCUAGGCCUGCAGUUAUGACCUUUUACCUAGAACAAAAGGGCUUCCUCCUUUUCUUCUGAAGCUGCUUUCAUGCAGGAAGAAUUCAAGGUGUAUCCUUGCAUGUGAGGCUGGUUUGAAGUUUCAAUUUCUUGCGUUUGUUCUUAUGAUUCUGUGUUCGCUGAGAAAUUGGGAAGAAAUAUGGGUCCUCGUUUUCCGGAACUUUGGCUUAGGGCAUGCUUUGAGAGAGGCUGAAGCGCACGGCUCAUCCUCGUGGCUAUCCUUUCAUUCUCAGUGUUUGCCUGACACCCUCAGAAAGAUAAAGGGCAAUGAAGCCUGCGGGGCCGUAGUUUUCUCGUCUCCAUCAUUUAGUUGUCUGGAAUUCUAGUUGGAAAUAAUGAAUUUGGUGGAAAGUGUGCCGUUGUGUGCACUGAAGAUUUAUUUCCUCACAUAAGAAUGAUUAUUUCCAUACAGCUUUGGAAAGGUAUCUUACUAAGAAACAUUGGAUAUGAUAGUUUUGAUUAAAAUUAUGCAUAUCCUAAUUGGUUUUGACUCAUUUUUGGUGAUAUUGUAUUUUUUCUUUAAGUAAGUACAAGAACAAAAAUGUUUUGAAGGAUGAGUGUAUUUCUUCCACUGUAGGUAUUUUACUCAUUUUUUUGUGGUUGUACAAUACUUUUUCUCUGAAGUAAAUUUUUAAAAUACCAUGGUUUCACAUAUUUAUCUUUUUCUAGACAUAUUUAUGUAUAAAAUCCUUAAAUUCUUUAAAGUAUUCUAUUUUUUCUAGUAGGCUGUGUGUGUGUGUGUGUGUGUAUGUGUGUGUGUGUGCGUGUGUGCGUGUGUACCAAGUAAUUUAUCACAUUAGUUUCUAUAUGGGACUGUAGAUGCUUUCACUUUUCAAAGCAGGAUAUUUGAAACAGGGUCACCGAGACAGUGACCUUUCAUGAGUGUAUCCCUAGCUUUAACAUCACUGUAUACUGCUGCUUUUUGCAGUGCUUCAGAAGGGUUCAACUGGCUAUCAUGCCAAUACUUACUGCUCGGUCCGGUGGGAUUUAACCAUUUACACAGUUUUACCUUCUUUGUUCUUACAUUUAAUGAGCACCCAUAAUGUCCCAUUGCAUAGAAAGGAAACAUAGAAAGACCACUGUCCCUAAGUCCCCUACAGCUUGUCUGGGACACCAUCACACCUUCCUCCCAACUCUCCUUUUGCAAUUCUUUCUUUCAAACCUAGCGUUAAAACAGAAAAUUGUGCUAAUUUCAGUUGGAUUAACUAUUCAUUCAUGAAAAAUUCACGACUUCUGCUCCAUAGCUUGAGAAUGUUAGUAGGCAACAGUGACCCCAAGCACUCCCUCUAACUACAUAUUUAGAAAUAAAAUGCACAGAUGUUCUUAAAACCCUGUUUUUAAAGCAUAACAAGCAAAAUGAUUAGUUAUAAUACUUAAAACAUGAUCCAUCUAUUAAUUUGCUUUAAGCUUAUAUAAGUUUGUUUUCACUUUGUGUGUUUGUGUGUGUGUGUGUGUGUGUGUGUGUGUGUGUGUACGCACAUGUUUUUAUGUGUGGGAGUGCAUGUGUACAUGUUGCAUAUUUGUGGGGUCUAGAGGUCAGACUGGGGAGGUGUUCCUCAAAACAGUUGUCUGCCUUACAUUUUGAGCAGGAUCUCUCAAUGGAACCAAGAACUUGCACAGUAGGUCUACUCAGGAUGUGCAGUGCUCCUGCUGUUUCUGCAUUUCCAGUCCUCGAAUUACAAGCACACAGCACCCAGGGCCUUGCUCUUGCUAGGCAAGCAAACCACUGAGCUAAAUCCCUAACCCUCAGGCUUGGCUUCUUAUGUGAGUUCUAGGACACCUUACAAACUGAGGUAUCCCUUUAAAACUAACUAAAAAGAGUAGGGUUUAAAAAUUAUCAUUUUAAAAGAAAGCUUGGGUCAGUGAAAUGGCUCCAUGGGUGGAAGCACUUGUAGGCUGGUCUGAUAGCUUGAAUCUGCCUCCUGUAUCUCACAGGUGGAAGGAGAAAACUGACUUCUGAGAGUUGGCCUCUCUCUCUCUCUCUCUCCCGUUCUUUCUCUCUCUCACACACACAAUAAACUUAGAGAGUUUACCUGAUUCUCACCUUUUUAAAAACACAUUCACUAUUAUCAAAUUAUUAUUUUAUAUGUACCAGACUUUUUAUUGAAAUAUAAAUUUCCAUCUUUGCUCUACAAAUUUAAAACAAUAAGUUUUUCCCCAAACAACAUACUGUAUUAUUAAAACAUUAAUUUUACCAUCUUAUAAUUGAUUCUUUAAAACAUUUUACUUAUUAGUUGUGACAAGGGCUGUACACCACAGUAUCCAUGUGGAGAUCAGAAUGUGUCGUUUAGGGGAACUGAGCUCAGAUACUCAGGUUUGUUGGUAAGUGCCUUUGCCCGAGAAGCUAUCCUAUCGGCCUGAUCAUAGUGAACUCUUAAUCUACUCACUCCAUUACCGGGGCUUUGGAGAGACCAUUCUCUCCUAGAUGUUAGCAUACCAGGUACAGGAAUCGUUUACUAAAAAUUACACCACGAAGUCCAAUCUGUGCAUACAGUUUAUCGGAGUUAUUAAAUCCUACUUGGGAAUUCAGAUGACAGAAGCCAAGUUUGUGGCUGUAUGUGUCCCUCUGUCAUUGUGUAUUCAGAAUUUAUUAGCCAGGUCAUCUGUGUUGAACUACUACUGAAAAUCAUGUUUACAGGCUUCCCAUUUUUCUUGAGAGGAGGAAAGACAAAAGGAAAUAAAUUGAGGAUCUGAGUGUCCUGACUUGCUUUCCUCAGAUCAGGCCUUCGUCUUUGUCAGUAUCUUAUCCAACACCUAACGUACUGUUAAAGGGAAAUACAUAAUACAGCACCAGGGAAGAGGAAACAGGCAGGCUAUGUGUAACUCUUAAAAAUACAAAGAAUUCAUGUGAAGAAAAUACUUCGAGUUUAGUAGAAGCUAUCAUUGCUAUAAUAGUAGGUCUUAAAAAAAUACGGAUGUGUUUUUCUUUAUACAUAAGAUGUGUAGCCUACUAUAGAAAUCUUGAACAGGGACCUACAGACUUCUGACCACUUUAACAUCAAUAGAGAAUGGUAAAUUUAAGAGAGAUUCAGUUCAGGAGCGUCAGCCUUGAGGAUGUAUGGCUCCCUGAGUAUCUGGUCAGAAGCUUCGCUAACUGAGGCAGUGGGUCCUCAGUUCAGUUCUCGUCAGCUGUGUUCAAUGUUACUUUCCACUUUGAACAUUUUCCUCUUCAUAUCAUUUCAUGGGGACAUACUAGUAAUUCUGUAAUACCCACGUGUGUGUGUCAGUGUGGUUAGUGGCACGGUGACUGGAAGCUCCAUUCAUUUUAGGAUAAGAAAACAGAUUUUUAAAAGAAGUGUGGAUUGACCCUUUUAGGUCAGUACUAGAAACAAAUCUCGUUUUACACAUCGAGACCUUGUGCGAGUACUGGUGAGACUGCUCAGCUGCUGAGGGUGGAGACCAGCGUUUGAUCUCUCAGAUCCCAGGCUGGAAGGACAGAACGCCUCCCAGCCACCCUCUGACCUCCAUACAUGUGCACGCAUGGAGACACACACACACACACAUACACACACACACACACACACACACACACACGCAAUUUAAUUAAUAUAGAAAAUUAAAAAUAAUUUAUGAGGUACACAUGAUGCUUUUUUAUAGAGUACAGCAAAUUGUGCGUGCUUUGUUUCUGUAAUUGGGUAGCAUAGUGUAUGCUUAUCAAGACCGUCUGAUCAACAUGAAGCCAUUUAAUAAUCAUGUAAUGACAACGAGUUAAUAUUUAUAAACUAAUCAAUGUUCACUAACAAGCAUCUUAUAUUUAUUUGGGAGUCACAUAGAAGAACUGAGAUGUAUUUCUCAAUGUGUUUCCGAUGACAUUUAGAUAUAGAAAUCAAGGUUUCUGUUAUCAAACCAAUUCCCAGUCAAAUCUUGGAAGCCCACCCUCGUCCUGGGGCUGUAGUUGGCUAUGACAGGAUGCUGUGAGCACGGCUAACCUGCUGUGGUAACCCAAGCCUCCAGAGCCAGCUCACAAUGUCAGUGCACUCCAGCUCUGCCUCUCUUUCAGCUCAGGCCCAGUAUCCAGGACUGAAGAAGAACACAGUCUCUGUCCCUUGCAGCAGCUUUGAUUCUUCUGCGCAUGGCUGGGGUCUGGAAGUUAGGAGUUCUGCUUUUCUCCCUCAUAGCCAUAGCGCCCACACUGCGCCUGACUCCUUUACUAAGUGCUUUAUGGAAUCAAUGGGCUCUGCUUCCUUUUGAAGAGUUCUAAAUCUCUUAGAGCUCUUUCUUUUUCCAAUCUUUUAUGCAAGAAAGAGAGUUGUAUCUGCACAUGGAUUGAAUACAAAAAGAUGUAAUGAGUUGCUGAUUUGAUGGAAUUUAUAAUCCAGUUGGUGAGUUAGGACAGACACAUAAUGCAAUAAAGUGCUAAAUGCUCAUGGGGCUUAAAUAUGAUUUAUUUGUGCUGGAGCGAUCGGGCAAUAUUUUUGAGCAUUUCAGCUUCAUUUUGUAGCAAGGACAGCGUUAGAACAAGGAAUUUCAGGCAGGAGGAACUAUGAGAGCAGACAGCACAUUGGCUUAUAAGAAAUUAAAGCCAAACCGUGAGCUCUCUUUCCGUAUUGUUGGCAUUUACACCUAGUGUUGCAAUUUGCUAUAGUUUUCUGGACACACUCACUAUGUGCACUCAUUUUUUUGUGAGAAAGGUAUUAUUUGUGAGAUUCAGGAAAGCCAGAUGAUUUUUCCACCCUCAUCUAGUUUCAUAAGCCAAGGCGUGAGAAUAUUAGCUCUCUGCAAACCACCACGCCGCCUUUUUUCUUUUUUCUUUAUCAUUUUCUCUUGAAGUUACUUCCUUACUGCCCAAUGAUCAAGAGAGAUUAUUUUAAAAAUAAAAGUAUAAUCUAUAAAUAUGAAAUAAAACAGGUCUUGUUUAUAUAUAUAUAUAUACAUGUACAUAUGUACAUAGAUAUGUGUAUAUUAUAUAUGAAUAUACAUGUAUACACAGUGUAUAUAGAUUAUACAUAUAUAGAUACAUUUUAUACUUCCUAUACACAUAUAUAUAUAUAGAAACACACACACAUAUUUACAUACACAUGUACUUUCAAACUUGGUGGAGGGCAGGAGGAGAAAGAGAAUUAGGUCUCACUUGUCUGGUAUGAUCCUUGUAUGAGACUCCGUCAUGGCCUUACAUUUGUUAACUUAUUACUUGCAACACUCCUACAGAGAGAUAUUAGUCUGAAGUGUGGCUGUGGUAUACCCACCUCAUUGAUACACUCUCUCACAGGCACAUACAGAGGGUAAACAACCUUUUAGGUGUGCCCACAGGCUUGUCUCAUGUGCUCCUAGAUGUUGUCCAGUUGGCAGCAUUAACUAUCAGAGAUGCUUUUAGUCCCAAAAAUAACUCUGGGGCUAGGAAGAUAGGUCAGCUGGAAGGGUGUUUGCCAUGCUGAAUUCAAUCCCCAGAAUCUAUAAAGACCCCCAGACUGGAUGUGUCUCAUGUUUAUAACCCCAGUGUGGAGAGGCGGAGAAACAUGAGUCCCUAGAGCUUAUUGGCCAGUCAGCCUAGCCUAGCCUCCUUGGCAAGGUCCAGGCUAUGCAGAAGCAUGAAAUGGUGGGUGGCACCACAGGAAUACUAUAGGAAGGUGAGCCCUGCUGCCCAUGUACAUGCAUACACACAGACACGAACAGAUACACACACACACACACACACACACACACACACACACACACACUCUGUGAAUCAUUCUCACGCUGUCGUAGGUACCUAUAAUAGAGUGUUCCAGAAAGUAGCCAUUUAUCCAGGACCUCAGAAUAUGACCUUAUUUGGAGCAGAGUGCUUAGUGAUGAAAUUAAUUAAAUUACAACUAGGUCAUCUGGAUUAGGGUAGGCCUUAAAUCCAAUGGCUGCUAUUCUUACCUUAGACACACAUAUACACAUGCACAUUAGGCACAGCAAGGGAAGAUGGGUGUAUUAAGACAGUCUGCUGACAGCUGACUUCAGAGGCCGAGCCUCCCAACUUCUGCUUGUUUUAUUGUUAUGUUGGAAAAACAAACACCUAAGAAACUUCAAAUGCUUCUUCAUAGUUUUUUUUUUUUGGCAUUUUUGUUUCUUCAAGGGCAUUAAUUUACCUGUCAAACAAAAAUUGUGUGUAUGUAUUUCAGGUGUACAAUUGGAUUCUGUGUAUAAGUGAGGCACUGUCUAGGUCUGGUUUUUAUUUUAUUUAGCAAGAAUCUUUCUGCUUUGUCUGUGUUGGGGACAACACUACCUUUUAUUUUUUAUAGACAAAAUACUAUUUAUUAUAUUAUGUUUUCUGUAUCUGUUCACAUGUUGGGAAUAUUUUAAGUUCACUAAAAUGAUACCAUGCCUACUCAAGGUUUUCAACUGAUCACCUGUUCCCCCCAUUCCUCCCUGCCAUUAGUGUUUUCUUUGUUUUAUCCUUAAGGAAAAGAAAUAACCAAAGAAGUUUCUAUUCCUUUCCUAAGUGUCUGUUGAGUUUCUUGUAUUUAGUAAUACCAUGCCAACUUCUAAACACAUCUGAAUAAUAAUGAUUUCAUUAAUAUUAAUUAUUAUCACUAAUAUUUAGCAACAGCAAUAACAACAAUAAAGCUUAUUGUGCACUAGGGCUUCAAUGAUGCUUCAUCUAAACUGUAGACUCCCUUAAUCCUCUGUACUCACAGUGUAAACCACAGUGGAAAACUAUUGAAGGAGACCGCCCCGUCAGAGUCUAGGAUUUGAACUGGCCAGUGUGAGAUCAAAGAUUUUACUUUUUCUUCUACAUGAAAAUAUAUUUAUUAUUACAUUUCAUCAAUGUGUGUGUGUGUACACAUUGCAUUGGGUGUGUGCAUGCGUGUGUGCAUGCAUGUGUGUGUGUGUGUACGCAUGUCUCUGUGUGUAUGGGUGUGUGUACAUGCUGUAGCACACGUCAGAAGUCAGAGGUCAGCUGUGAGUGCUGGUUCUCCCCUUCCACCAUGCAGGUUCAAUUAUUAGACUCCAGUCAUAAGUCUUGGUGGGGAGUCCGCAUUACCUACAGAGGAUGUCCCUGGCCCUUCUUCUCCAUCUUUGUACUGUCAUUAAAAUGCAAUGAAGUUAUUUUUUUUCUUCUUUUUUUUGGAGCUGGGGACCGAACCCAGGGACUUGCGCUUGCUAGGCAAGCGCUCUACUGCUGAGCUAAAUCCCCAACCCCUGCAAUGAAAUUAUUUUUAGUGUGAUCCUAGACCCAUUCAUAGUGGAAGCUCUCACAACCAUCUACCUCUGUAUCUCUUUUCCUUUUGUAAAUAUGAGACUAUAUUCUUAAACAUUUGGCAAUAAAAAAUUAAAAUUAUUCUUUAUCUGCAAACUCCUGUGCUACCAUUUUACUUACCAUCACUAUGGUUUUGAGUGCUGCAAAUAUCUCAUAUAAAAUAUAAUUUUUAGUAGAUUCCUUAGCAUAAUGUCCUCAGGCUUAAUUAUAUAUAUGUUGUAGCAUAUGCCAUAAUUUCCUUUCUUUUUAAACUUGAAGACCAGUCACUGUAUUAUUGUUUAUAAAUUAUUUAUUUAUAUCAUGUAUGGGUGUCUUGCCUUCAUAUAUGUGCAUUCACACCACAAGCCUAUAGUGUCCACAAAGGCCAGGAGAGGGUGUCAGAUGCCCUGGGACUACAGUCACAGAUGGUUGUGAGCUACAGUCUGGGCACUGGAAACUGAACCUGGAUCCUCUGGAAAAGAAGCCAGAGCUCUUAACCACUGAGUCAUCUUUUAGUCCCCAAAUACUGCAAUCAGCUGUUGAGUUUUGAGACAGCAUCUCAUUUUGCAGCCUUAGCUGGAACUCACUUAUAUGGACCAGACCCCUGAGUUCUAGGAUGAAAGGUGUGUACCACCAUGCUCAGUCUAUUUCACGAUAUUAUUCACUGCAUUUAAAACACUCGUUCAUCUGUCAAUAGACUUGCGUCACUUUCUUGCUUUAGCUACUCUGAGUAACACUGCUAAAGAAUGUGGGUGUCCACAUUUAUUUCAAACUUUGCUUCGACUUCUUUUGUGUGUUUGCUCAAAAGUGAGACUACAGAUGGUACAGUAAUUCUGUUGUUUUCUAAGAACUGCCGAAUGACUUUCCACAGCAGCUGUAGGGUUUGAUAGCCCCGUCACCACUGGGCCAAAUGUCUUCAGUGUUGCUGCUUCUUUACCAGAACUCACAACCUCAUAUUUUUGAUAGUUGCUACGGGAUAAGAGUGAUGUCACAUCUCAUUGAGGUCUUGAUUUACAUCCCCAAUAGUUUUGUGAUGUUGGUUGUCUCCUCCUGGGAUCGUCCACUGCAAGUCAUCACUGCAGACUGUUCCCUCAAAGUCCUCGCUCAGUUUUGAGCUUAGAUUGCUGCCGAGUUCCGGGAGCUAUGUCUGCAUCCGGAUCUUAGUCUCCUAGCAGAUGUUUACUGUUGUUUCUCCCAUUCUGUGAGGCGUUGCUUUCCUCUGCUGAAGAGAAUUUAUUAGUUUUUAUGGUCUAUUGGUCUGUUGUUCUCCGUUUUCUCUCUUUGCUUAUACCUUUGGAAUCACAUCCAGCAAAUCUUUGCCAAGUCUACUUGCCAUAAAGCUUUGUCCUGAGCCUUCUUCUGAGAGUCUUAGAGCUUUUGGCCUUACACAUAGGUUUUUUACACAUCUUUAUUUUGAUCUAAUGUAUUUAGUAAGGGUCUAACUCCAUUUUUUUCUGCAUGUGAAUAUCCAGUUUUUCUAGAACUACUGUUGAAAAGAUGAUAGUCUUGACACAGUGUCAAAAAUGGCGUUUUUUACAUCAUGUGAAAAACAAAACAUACAUUUAUAAACCAAAAUUGAAGUAAUAUUUUGAAUACCUUGUAUGUGACCCAUCCAGCACUCAGUGGUUUCAAGAUCCUUCGUGCUCUGAUGGCCCCUGCGUCUUGGGAUGACUCUGAAUGUGUCUGACUUCCUAUUUGUUGAGGUUUUGUAUUUAUCAAAUUGAGGAUGUUUGUGGGUUCCUCUCUUCAGACAUCUCCACCCCUAGGGCUUCCGCAGCACUGGUCCCUGGAUUUCAUGUCAGGUUCCUCUGAGUUCGUUGAGCCUCGUCCAUCCUUUCCCUGUACCCUCUUCAUGACAGCAUUUUCACUGUCCCACUCACUUUCAGGCUCCCUGAAGCUUCAGCUUGCCCAGAUUUCCAGGUUUGCCUUUGCAUAGCUACAGUGGGAUUCCAGAUUCUGUUUAUUUUUAUCAUUAUGUUCUUCAGCUUUUUUUUUUGAUAUUUCUGCUUUGUCUGGACAUCAUUUUCUUUGCUUUCUUAUGCCAGCCAUUAGUCCAUUGAGCAUCUCUUAGACAGUUGUCUGAAAUUUUGUCGCAUACACCUGCUAUCAAUUUCUGUUGACUUUUUCUUUUCCUUUGAAUGGGCCAUUUAGUCCUUUAAAUUCCUCGUGAAUUGUUGUUGUUGUUGUUGUUGUUGACUACUGGGCAUUUGCACUAAACAGUGUGUGGACUCUGGAAAUCGGACCCCACAUCCUUCCUUGGGGUUUUCUGGACUUGUUUGUUCUUUGUUGCCAUUCCCUCUAAUGACAAGAGUCACCAUGAGGUGCAAGCUGUAAUUUUCUUCAAUGCUUUCUGACUUCACCUUUCCAUGUGUUUACACGGAAAGUUUCCAUGUGUGCAGAAGGUUUAGAAUAUCUUAGUCUUCUUGUCUGGGUCUGAGAAGAAUAAUGAGAGGAGAAGGAGAGGACACCAGCUAAAGCCCCUGGUGCUCACUUCAGUUAGGUGGAGGGGCCUGGGGUGCACAUCAGUGAAAGUGCCUCUCCCUCUGUGGUGCAGUAAUGGGAAGCAGCUAUCGGAGCACAGGUCCUGAUGCAGGGAGACCAGGCUCUGUGUUCUCCACUCGAGCUUCGUCAAGCUUGUCCAAGAACCUGGACACAAGAUUGCUCAUUGGACAGCCACUGCUGUGCUAAGUGCUGAAGAGGACCAAAAUGGAGCACAGCAUAGCUGCAAGACCUUCCCUGGAAGUGGAGAGCCUUUAAGAGACCCCAGAGUUCCAAAUGGAUUUCUUCUGCCAGGGCAAUUGUCAUCUACAUUGUUCUUGCUGCUUUCUCCUGUCAUAUCUUUCCAGAAUCGCUAAGUCUUUAUGCUUGAGUGUCAUAGUGUAUUAUGCCAUUGGUGAAAUGAAUACAUUUACUCAGGAUCUUACAAAUUUGUGAGAGCAUGUGCACACACAGACACAUGUAUACACAUAUGUAUAUGCACACACACAUACACACACACACACACACACACACACACACACACACACACACCUACCUAUAUGCAUGCCUGGUGCCCACAGAGGUUAGAGAUAGGAUUUCCUUGGAAUUAGAGUGACUGAGGUUGGGAAGCCAAGCCGAGGUCCUCUGCAAGAGCACUUGCUGAAGUGCUCUCAAUCGCCAAGCCAUCUCUCUGGCGACGUAUAUAUUUUUAACAAAUUAUAUAAAUGAUACUAAGUAAGUCAUGUCAUAAGUGAUAAUUAUGUGAUGGCAAUGAAAAAGAUACUCAAGACAGACUUGACUCUAGUCAGACUUAGGUGGCUCUAUGCAAUGAACACAACAGCCAUACGGUCGUUUCUAAGUCGCCCACUAAUUCACCUCAGAUCGCUUCCGACCUCAAGCUUCAGUUUAACACGAGCUGUGUUCAACAUGUGUUAGCUUAUACAGAGAAAGAUUUCAGUUUGAGGAGAUACCGCAGGGACACAGCUGCUUAAAGACCUGACGGAAAAAGCUUCAAAAGCCUGCUGACACUCAGACAGGCAAUGGUCGCUGGACCACUGAGCCUGGUACACAGUGGUCUCUGCUGUGGUUAUCUCUGCUGGCAGAGGCUAGAUUUCCCUAUACUUUAAUUAGAUCUUCACCUUUGAUUAUGGACAGAAUACUUGGAAUCGGAAUCAUGGGCCUACCGAAAUCUCACAGGGAUCUGAUUUGAAGGUCAAUAAUAAAACGCCCAUUUUAAAACAGCGGCCCACUGUGGUCUCGCCCUCAUGGCACUUUGUGAAUGUAGGUUUGCGAAAGUCACAGAGUUUACUGUUGUCUUCCCUCAUCCUCAAUGUAACAUUUAUUCUUUUCAUAAUCUCCAGAUUCUCAGAGCACAUACAUAAAAGCUGACAUUAUGCUUAGGUCUAAACAUAUAGGGAGAUGAAAGAAAAUGCUUGAGCAACUCAGAUCAUUUUCAAAAGAGACAAACUGUUCUGUAUCUUAGUCAGAAAUAUUGGGAAGUAUUGGAUUUCAUCCAAAACUUUGAGUAACAAAAAUUUCCAGAAAAAUUGUUGAUAUUCAGCCUUCAUCCUGCUGACCCAUUUUAGAUCCACUUAAUGUGUUAUUAUAAUAUUUCCUAGAUUCCUGUCCAGUUCAAUCCAUGAAACGACUAAAUCGUAUCAUCCUCGUGGUGUGCACACAGGCAAGAAGAGAAGUGGUUAAACGCUCUGCUCUGUGUGAGCAGUUCGAGGGCAGGCGGACACCACGCACCCUGACCACCUAUUAUGAAACUCUUUGCUGCUGUGGCAAGUGAGAGCGAGUUAAUUGGGUGAGGCUGUGGAGCAUGUUAGGGGCUGGUAAAGGGCUGCUGUCUGACAGCUGAAUGUCAGCGGAAGCCAGUCAAGUGUAGCUGAGAGACAGAGACCUGUCACAAAGUUCCCGCUGACUGCAACACAGUUAGGGAGCUGAAUUAUGGUUUCGUCUCACUUUCUCCCCCAUUGAAUCCAAGCACCUUAAAAGAUUUUACACUGUGGAUGUCAACUCUUGUUCUCUAAGCUGUUUCCCUCUAACUGCCCUGCAUUCGAAUGAUUGAACAAAAGAUGCUAAUGUUUAGCAAAGCGAAUGUAAAUCCCCCCACCCCCAUUUCGACCCAAGCAGAUAGACAUUCACCUCAAAGGAAACUUUGAAGGUUUAUAUCAAGCAAUGACAUCACUUCCAAAUUUAGCUCAUAACAGAAUCUUCUUCAAGAGAAGAUGAAAAUGGACCAUUAGAGCAGGCGAGCCUGGUGCGCUCCCUGCUGUUGGAUACCCUGUGUACAUUCCUUCCUCUUCCUCUUCUGUGGCUUCACAGGCUUUGUUCCCUUGCUUUCCCGCAAGGCCAUGUGAGGUAAAGUGCCAAGUAGCUACCAAGGGUUGGAACAGUGAGCAGAUAGGCAGAGGGAGGUCCCCGAAACUCAUAGCACCUCAAAAGAAGGGGCCGAAUUAAAGAAGGAAGAAGGAAGGCGGAAUUAAAGGAAAUAAAAUCCAACUCUGAGAGCAUUUGAUAUGAAAGCAUGGCAUCCAUGUGGCUUUGUUUGCAUUGGAAGGUCAUUUAGUAACCCACCCACCCAACACUACGCAGGCAUGCGGAGAACCUAGUCUGUCUGCACUGCACAGGGCACGGAGGACAGAAACAGAGAUUCCUGGGUCCUGAAGAGCGAGCACUGUGCAGCAGAACUCCCUGUGCUGAUGGACGUGCACUUUUGAGUGGUUGGAAUGUGGCUCAUGUGAGGAGGAGAAUGAGCUUGGCCUUUAAGUUUGAGCUCUAGUCCAUUUAAAGCACCGCUGAUGUAUGGUUCCUACUGCAUGAGGGUGGAGGGCUGACAGGAUCCUUGGGAUUAAGAGGAGAGACAUCCACAGGGUGCAGGGCAAUGGAUGGCGGAGAAAUGUUGCAGAAAAGGGGAUAAAUACUGGAGAUGAGUGUUGGAAACCAGAAGGUCUUAGCCCAACAGCAACAGUAACAACAACACUCCUUUCUAAACAAAGAGCAGUGCAGGAAAAUGGCUCCAAGCCAGGAGGAAGCAGGACGAGCUUUGGGCUGGGCACUCUGUAGAGGGCAUUCUGUGGGAGGCUACCUGACUACAGCAGUGUAUACUCUUUUCCAGAGAUGUCAAACCACCGUGCAGGCUCCAAGCCACAUGGCUUCUCCAGUCAAUUAAAGCCUAUCAUGGAAUACAAAAAGAGGCAAUGGGGAAUGAGCAGGGGACGGCUCACAGUACCUGGGUUUUAACUAAACGCAGCCCUCCUCUCUCUACUGCAUCAACUUGUUGUAAGGACCAGGGCUAAGGUUUGAAAAGGGGGGACCUAGGGUCAGUCACACAGAUGCACCUUCUGGGAGAGACUCGGGCAGGCUCGCCUGCCUCAUAGGCCACUAAACAGCCCUGCGUUUCAACUGCAGCUGCCGGGCCAGUCUUAGAGUCGCUGCCCUAUGUAGUCUUUGCAUCACUCCCUACAGAGUAGCAUGUCUUAGAAACCUACUUAUUAUUUAUUCUUAUCAGAUGGAUUCCGUCCGUGUCUUGAAAAUUACUUGCUGAUUGGUUAUCUGUGCUUAAUACUUCUUAGGAGUUUCAUUUAUCACCCUUUAUUGCUCAUCUUUAACAGUAAAUUUAAGUAUUCUCAAGUAAUUAGUGGAUAUACAAUAAAGAAGAGAUAAGGUGGGGAACAGUCUGAAAAAAAUUAAAAGUGCAUUCAGGGCACUGGGGAUAGAGCCCGGUUUGCGUGAGGCCCUGAAUUGCAAUCCCAGGCACCACAGCAAAUGGAUGCAGUUAGACUGGAGAAAGGGAGAAGGCUCUUGGAAGAGCUGAUGAAAAGUUUUAGUUUAAGAGUGUGGAGGCCCAUUUGAAAUUAUUGUGUCGGGGACACCCUAUCCAGAUGCCAAACUCUAUUUCAAGCAAGUGCAGGAGUCAGUUUGAAGAAAAGCCCUGGGAGUUUGUGAGGGACUAGUGUCAUGUCUGCAUGCAUAUAGCCAGAGGAAGAGAUGGGCAGUGGAGAGGGUGGCCUGGUGUCCUUCCCUCAUGGAGGUUUAGGAACUGCUGGCACUGGACUUUUAGGAAAGGGACCACAGGUGGCAUUGGAAAAGAAUGCUUUGAGACAGACUCUGUCAGCCAUGGCUUCCCGGCAGAGUGGCCACAGCUCAUAGAUGGAAAGGGGAUAGAUAGUGAGGUAUGGGCAAUCUGUGAGGUGACAUCAUCUGUGUGGCCCAGUGAGCCCCUCUAGGACAUCCGCUGAGGCAGGACCAGAUGCAGAGAUCGUAGAUCUAAGAGUUCUGGAUGGGGACUGCCCAGAGGUGUAGGAGUCUGGAGUAAGUAGAUUGGAGAACAGAGUAAUCUGGCUCACUCUGGAACCUUCUCAGAACCCACAGAACAGUGCAGAAUGCUGGAAAUCUCCCAGUUCCAUUGUGUUUUAAAGCUUGCACUAUGAAAAGAUCAGUCAUAUGGUUGCAUAGUUAUUUUAGCAAGUUAUAAUUCAAGGAGAACUGGUUCAGGAGACAGAUUAAUUAAGGACUAGCAACUAAGUUUGAAAGGUGAGAAUUUUUGUGUAAAGCUCACUGCUGCAUCUUCAUAGGGGAAAAUACUACAGUAUCUGACACACUGUAGGUACCAGAUACCUUCAUCACAGCAGAGAAAAACCCAAGGAUUGCAACUAAAUGAUACAUCAAGGAGGAGCUCAUGUCCAAAACAUACUAGGAUCAAAUAACUGAACAGAAAACAGCCCUGGUGGCUGGAGAACUGGUGCUUGCUUCUCCUGAGGACAUGAGUUCAGUUCCCAGUACCUACUUCAAGGAACUUAAGACUUCCUGUAACUCCAGCUCCUGUUUAAAACUAGACAAAUGACCUGAAUGGCAGUUUCUUCAAAGAGUGUAUACAGGUUGCAGGGAGGGUCAUGUCAUUGCAGGGAUGUGGCCCUGAAGGUCAGCCAUUCUCCAUACCAGUUAUUAACUGGACUCAGUGGUCUAAAAUAGAAGAACGGCAGAGCAUGGUGUUGAGAGGUGGACAUGUUGCAGGGGGUCUGGGAGGGGCUGGAGAGGUGGAGUGGUGGUUGGAGAUAUACUUGAAAUAUAUUCAUCUAUGAAAUUCUAAAUAAAAGAAUAAAAAUUCUCAAAGGGGCACACAGACGUCUUUCUACCUAUCACUAUCUAUCUAUCCAUCCAUCCAUCCAUCCAUCUAUCUAUCUAUCUAUCUAUCUAUCUAUCUAUCUAUCUAUCUAUCUAUCGGUGCUCAACACCACUACUCAUCAGGGAAAUCCAAAUUAAAUGCCCAGGAGAUUUUACCUUACACUUGUUGGAAUGGCUAUUAUCAAAAGAAUGGAACACAGAAAGUGUUGGCAAGGAUGUGGGAAUGUGGGAGUCUUGCAGUGUCCUAGUGGGAAUGUCAAUCAGUGUGUCUCUUGGAAAAUAGUAUGGAGGUUAAAAACAAACAAACAAACAAACAAACAAACAGCCAAAAAGGCAUUAUAUGAUUCAUCAAUCCCAUUUCAUAGUAUUUACCCCAAAGACUUGAAUCUGUCAGCACAGAUGCCUGCAAUCUCAAGUCCAUAGCUGUGUCUGUUUAUAGCAGUGGUGAUUCAGGAACCAUCUAGCUACCCAGACCAAGGAAUGGACUAAAAACUGUGCCUCAUGUACUCAACCUUAUAUAAUUCAGCAUUUAAAAAUUGUUUUCUGUCAUUUUAAUACUUAGGUGAGUCUAAAGGACAUUAUACUGAGUGAAAUAAGCCAGGCACAGAAAGCCAGGUGACGGGGUUGGGGAUUUAGCUCAGCCGUAGAGCGCUUGCUAGGCCCUGGGUUCGGUCUCCAGCUCCGAAAAAAAGAAAAAAAAAAGCCAGGUGACAUGUCAUUUCAAUUUAGACAUGGCAUCUAUAAUAUGACUUAAUGGAAGUACAAACUAGAAUGGGGAGGCUGGAAGAUGGUGGAGAAAGAGAAAUGUUCAUCAAGAGAUACAAAGUUAGGUGAGCGGCGGAGCACUGAGCUCGGCACGCGGCGGCCGUGGGGCUCGGCAGCAUGUCGGUCAGCAGAAAGGACUGGUCCGCGCUGUCUAGCCUGGCCCGGCAGAGGACUUUGGAGGAUGAAGAGGAACAGGAGCGUGAACGCAGGCGGAGGCACCGCAACCUGAGUUCAACCACAGAGGAUGAAUCUCCAAAACUCACCCAGAAUGGAGCUCAGAGAUCUGUGGAGAGGCUGCCCAGUGUGGAGGAAGCAGAGGUCUCCAAGCCAUCCCCUCCAGCCUCCAAAGAUGAAGGCGAAGAGUUCCAGGCCAUCCUCAGGACCAGAAAGGGGCGGAGACAGAGGCAGCAGGUGGUAGAGGCUGUCCAGGCUCCGGGACAGGAGAAGCUAGAGGCAGAGGAGGAAAGGGACAGCCUGGGCCCUGAGCAGACCGUGUCGCAGCCCCUUGUGCCUAAGAAGAAAGUGGAGUCCCUGCCUCGCCGGAGACUGAGUCGGGAGCAGCGAGGCCCUUGGGCUCAGGAAGAAGAAUGUCUAAAGAGCAGAGAGCUUGUGGAAGGAGAAAAGGGGCUUCCAGAGGAGACAGCAGCUCAGCAGAAAUCGCCUGUCUCAGAGAAAACCCCAGUGUCGGCCAAGAGACUGGUUUCGGAGAAAGCCUGCCCCUCAGAGAAGGGGACAGCCACAGAGACAGUGUCUCCAACUGAGAAAAGACCAGAGAAGUUGGUUCCAGAAAGAACAAGUGUGACAGAGAAGUCACCAGCCCCUGAGAAGACGCUUGUGUCCCUGAAGACAGCAGCACCAGAGAGAAGGUCCCCUCCAGUUCUAGAAAAAGCCACCGUCUCUGAGAAGAUGCAUGAGAGGAAGCUGGUGUCGGAGAAAGCGUCCAUCUUCGAGAAGCCACUGGUCUCAGAGACGAAGCUGACUCCAAAGAAGGCAGCGGUGUCAGAGCAGCCCCAGACCCCCGGGGGAAGCCAGGCCACCACGAGGGAGGUCAGCGGAAGGGCCCUCCCUGGGAAGAGCCCACCUUCCUCUGCAGAGCAGAGCGCACGACCCCCGACUAAAGCUUCUCGCUUCCUACCCGUCACACUGCAGGUGAAAAUUCCCAGCAAGGAUGAAGAAGAUGCAGACACAUCUUCACCCACACUCACCUACAGCAGUUCCCUCAAGCGCUCCAGCCCCAGGACCAUCUCCUUCCGGAUGAGCCUCAAGAAAGACAAUUCAGAAACAACCUUAACCCGCAGUGCCAGUGUGAGGCUGCCGGCUAGCACAGUCAAGCUAGGGGAGAAACUGGAGAGAUAUCACACGGCCAUCCAGAGGUCAGAAUCCGUCAGGUCUCCAGGCUCCUCCCGUACCGAAGUCCUUGUCACUCCUGCUGGUGUAGCCAGCAAGCGCCACCUCUUUGAGAAGGAACUGUCAGGCCAGAACCGCACAGAACCAACCUCCAUCCGAAAGGAGAAUCUGCGUCUGUCAGGGGUCGUGACAUCCAAACUUAACCUGUGGAUAAGCAGGACCCAGGAUUCGGGAGACCACGGUCCUCAGAAGGUACGAAAAGAGGCAUCAGCCACCAAGAGGGCUCAGUGGGGAAACAAGUCAACCACAUCUCUGGAUGCAGAGGUGUGACGAUCCCUGUCAGGACAGACCUGCAAACCUGCAUCCCAAGGGCCUUCGUUGCAGACCCCACUCCCUUUCUGCCUCUGGGACAGUCUGGUCGGGGCCCUUGGGGGCCAGGAACAUAAUGGCACUCCUCCAGCCCCUCUCCAGCCCAGACUGUGGGCAGAUGUGCUUUGGUACUUUCUUGUCCCGCUGCAGGUACAAAAUAUCCUGAACCCAGAAGGCCCCAAAGCACAGCCUGGCGCAUCAGCUAAUGGAGUCUCCAUGUCCUCCCUAGGGACUGCCUCCCUUUGCCCUGCUCACUUCCAGCAUCAAGCUGCAUUAUUUUGCAAACUCCAGAGUUAUGUCUUGCCUGCUCCCGGCAGGCACUCAGUGUGCCUGUGACAUCUCCACACUAUGUCCUAGACCUGUUGAUGGCUCCCUGAGGUUUUUUCAAGCCAGACUGGAAAGGAGCAGCCCAUGUGCUACAUCCGCUGCUUGUGCUGUGUUCCCCACCAUCCUGCUGCCCUGAUCGGGAGCUUUUGUCUUACCCCAUGCCUAUUCUCUCACCCAGAAAAAACCUUCCCCAGGAAGGAUUUGAUAAACUCAUUCAGUCUCAGCCAAAAAAAAAAAAAAAAAAAAAAGAGAGAGAUACAAAGUUGCAGUUAGAUGCAAGAAAUAAGUUCUUCUGUUUUAUUGCACAGCAAAGGUAAGUCAAUGCAGAUUCAUAUUUUACAAUUGCUAAAUGUAGAUCUAAAAUGUUAUGAUAAUAUAGAAAAAUAAGAAUGUGAAAUAUUACAAAUAUUAAUUAGCCUGGCACUCAUUCCACAGGGUUCAAAAUCAUUGCAUUUCACCCCAUAAUGCAGACAGUCAUUUGUCAAUAAAGAAGAUUCCUAAGGAAGAAUUAAUAAGAAUAAGCUAACUCAAGACCCCCAGCAUCUAUGGGAUUAGAUGUAUUUUGUGAAGUAUGUAAGAAAGCCAUGGGGAAUUCAUGACAUGGGGUUGGUAAUGCUGACGCACAACUAAUAAAUAUUAAUUGGGAAAUUGGCGGUGGUUGUACUCUUCUCAGAGUGCUUACAGGAUGUUUUCCCAAGAGAUUAAUACAGUUUGAAACCCUUGCGAGUUGUCUGCCUAUAUCAGAAAUAACAGUCCUUCAUAUCACAUAAGGAAACACCAUGGUUAGGUAGCUAAGUGGUUAUUGUGGAAUAUGUUCUCUGUUGCUUGUGGGCUGAAGACAUUCCACAGCUAUAGCCCCAGAUGGCUUCAUUUGAAGUUCACAUUUCUGACUCUUAGAGAGACCAUGUUCUCUUAGAUAAAGACGGACCAUCCAUCCAGAAAGGCUCUGUCACACUCAGUCAAAGGGUCCACAACUCUAGAGAACACAGAACUUUUGUUGGUGGUCAUCACCAGGGAAAUCAAUAGUGUGAGUGUCAUCCACAGAGACCUUAGGGUCUCAGGUAUGAGAGGAUGGAAUAAUGAAGGAAUACACCCUAAAAUAGUGGAAAGGGAAGGCAUAGAAAUCUGGGUUUCAGACUAUAAAAUAAGAAAUUCGAAAGGCCCGCUGAGAUGCAUGGCUGACUAAGACUUAUGUAGGUAGACAGAUUUAGGAGAGCCACUCUAGGUGACUCUGCUAACCAUGCUGCCCCUUUACCUCAGAGAGACAUGCCAUUGAAGGUGCACAUUUACAGUUCUCGGAUUAUUACCACAUUUUGACAUUAAAAAGGUCUAUAACUUUAAGAGGGAAUUCUUCAGUAAUGAAAAGGUAGGUGGUCAGAAAGUUAUUUUUUUAUGGUUCCCAGAGAGGGCAUAGCAUGUGUACAUUCAACCAGAGAAGCUGUAAUUAGGUACGGGAAAGUGCUAUUUGCAACUGGAUGAACGUGAAGAAGUCGUGACUAGGCAACUCCCUGUGUCUGGAGUUGCCUCGUGCUGGAUAGGUCAGGAGUACUCAGUGUAAUCAUCUGCAUUUGCCUAUCCCCAGCGUCACAAUGAGUGCACGAGUGCAUGGCUGAAUGGCUUGAGAAUGUACUUUGUUAAAAAAGCAAAACAAAACAACAACUUUUCAGAGUCUGCAAGAGGCGAGUCCUCUGAGACCUGUAACUAACAAUUGCGUAUUCCCUCUGCCCACACAUUUCAGUCAUAACUAUUGAAAAUAAUUCAGUAUGUAUACAGCUUCAGCAUUUAUAACAUUCGUGUUUUUAAUAAAAGAUUUGUAGGUAUAAAGUAAUUUAUGUUGAUUGUACAUAGUUCAAACAACAGGAGAACAGAAGAACAUCCCCAAAACUUCAGUUCAAACCAAUCCCAUAUGUAACUCAUAUGUGCUGUGAGGUUGAGCUGUGCUUGGUAGAUGUAUUAAAAUGCAUGGUCACCUUAGGAUGAGUGUGUGGGAUGUGACUUUGUUGUAACUCAAGGAGCUUCAGUGCAUAUUAUAUGUAUGUAUGUCUAUCUACAUACAAAAUCUUGUCUGAACUUUUUCACAUAAAUAUAUUUUUAUGUUAGCAUUUAAAUAUUUACUUCAGAUUUAAAAAUUAUUGUAUUAUUUGACUAUGCCAUAUAUCAGUUAAAUGAACUCUAUUGAUGCAGAUUUCAGUUCUCUUUGGAGGUUUUACAGGAAUCGAUCAACAGUUGAUUGAUUUUGAGAUGUGAUCUUUAUAUGUAGCCCAGACUGAUCUCAAACUUGCAAGCCUUCUGUCUCAGCCUGCCAAGUAACUGGGAGGACAGGCAUAUGCCACAGUGCUUGGGUUGUUUUCCUUGGUGCUUUGUGUGAGAUGCCUGUAAAAGAAAUGCCUUGUGGCAGACAUGGCAAAUACAGAGGGAACUACAUUUAGAAGUCUGUGACGUUUUCACCAGCUUCUUACCCACAUGGACUGAGCUUCCCUUUCCUCUUUCCUAAUGGUGGGCAUUGCCAGUUGUCUGCAUGGUUUCCAUCUGAUGGGUGAAAAGCCAUUUCUCUGUGGCAUAAUUGUACUUCUUUAAUCACAGUGAGAUUUAUUAUGCUAGCAUGUUUCUAUAUGUUCACUGGUACUGAACCUUCUCUAGCCCAAACAGAUAGGCUGUUCGCACCUGAGGUAAAGGCUACCAGGCCUUUGUCCCAUGGUUUUUCUUUUUUAGUGUCAGAGCUUCUUAAUAUUACUCAUGAAGUUCAAGGGGGACAGGAGCUACAUUGCCUAGGACACCCCCCGAAAACACAUUAGUCACAUGACCUAACCUCAAGCCAAUGAGAUAUAAUCAAAGAGUUUUAAAGGGGGUGGAGACAUGGUUCAGUUGGUAAAGUGUUUGUCUUUCGAACAUGAGAACCUGAGUUUGAUCCUUAGAACCCAUGGGAAAAUGGGCAUGUAUUAUGUAUGUAUAAUCCCAGGACUGGGAAGGAAGAUUCAAGGGGGUCCCCAAGACCCACAGGUCAGCUAGUCUCCCCUACUAGGUGAGCUCGAUGCCAGUGACAGACUGUCUCAAACAGAGUAGAUGGCAUUAAAGGAAUGGCACCUGAGAUUGACCUUUGGCCUCCAUGUGCUCACAGAUAUGUGUGCUCGAGUGCAUACACACACACACACACACACACACACACGCAUGCACAUGCACAUGCACACGUACACUGUAUUCAGUUUUAAGAGCUAUCUUCAGAUGGAAACAGAUCCCUUCUCUUUGAUUCUUUCCUUUCCUCUGCCCAGAAUGCAGAUAUAGCAGCCCAUUCCCCAACAGUCUUGUCACAGACUAGAUGCAUCCCGUGAGCUAGACAUCAAGGCUUCUUAAACUUUUCCAUUCAUGACCACUUUCCACUCAAGAAGCUCUUAUGCAACACUGAGUCAGUAAGCAUAUAAAAAUAGAAUAUGAAAUAUUCAGUGUAACCAUUCAUGGCUAUACCUCAUAAGGAAAUUUCUUCUAAAGUGAUUUUUUGGUGUACAUAUAAUGUUACCACCCACUGAAGCAACAUUUCAUGCUAAUAAGGUGGGUGCUUGUUUAUCUUUACAUAAAGAAUUAAACAAUGGCUAAAUGUUUCAUGUUUCAGGACAUAGAGCAUCUCUAACAUUUUUCAGAGUUGACUGAUAUUUCGAUUUCAUAAUGGGUCAGUACUGAGAGUGCCACUCCACAUAACUACAUAGUUAAAAAUGGCAAAAGAAUGUUCAGGACCAUCAGAAACUUCUGGAAAUUCUCUCCUAAUCCAAAGCCAAUAUUAAUUUAACACUUUUUUAAAGAAAAAUUAAGCCAAAACUUUUAAAAAUAUUUAACUAACUAAUUUAUGUAAAAAUGUCUAUUUGCAUGUGUAUAGGCAUUUGCCUGCAUGUGCCUAUGCACUAUGUGGAUGCAAUGCCAGUGGAAGGCAGAAGGGGGCAUCGGAUCCUCUGGGACUUUUCGUUAACUACCAUCUGCUGCUGGGAAUAGAACCCAGGUCCUUUGGAAGAGCAGGCAGUGUUCUUAAUUGCUAAGCCAUCUCACUACCCCCUCAAAUCAGCAAACUUUAUCAAAUAUUAACAAAGUAUAAUAUGAAGGUACAUUAAUGGAGCCUUUGAUUUUGAAUUAAAUUUUGGUAAUUUUGUGUUAAGAAGUCUCUUGUUGUUGAUGGAGUGAGUUCUCGCAGCUUCCGUGUGUAGUUAUGGGUUAUAUCCCACACGUUAAGUGAGCUCCAGAUCACCAAGACAGAAGUGGCCUGGAUCCCACCUAGCUUCCAUCAGGACCAUGAGAGAAGGAUUAGCUUCCUUAGCUAAUUUUCUAAUUAGAUCUUUCUUUUAACCAUGUAAGUCUUCUGUAAAUUAAAAAAGUCACUCCUGUGGUUAGCAUGGGCGUUACAGAUACGUUUUAAAAACCAGUUCACCCAAAGCUUUCCUACACAGCAUUGUUGUAUUUAUUCAGUUCUUGUUCUUUUUGCAUAUUUGAGCAUAUGACUAUAUUUCCAUUUCAAAUUCUCUCUGAGCUAUGUGGAAAUACAGGUUUCUGAGACAAGGAAAAGGUGCUUUUCCCCCUGCCUAUUUCUGAAAGUCUCCCACCAGUGUGUAGGUACUGAGAAGUCAGGAAGAAUGGAGGGUGGGAUCUGAGGGAAGUGGGAAAAGAAAAACAAAAGCUGUCCAGGAAGGUUCUUCGUCUCCUUCCCAGCCCUGAUCACAUCAGGAACCUGAAACAUCAAAGAGCAGAUAAUGGGAGCUGUUAUCUUGUCAGGCACAAGACAUCUUUAAAAUAAUUCAGAAUUAAGAUAAAUGUUCUGGGGGAAUUUAAAACUUCAGUUCUGAAUUUACAUCAGAACCUAACAACAACUUAAAAUCUUGGUAAAAAUGACUGGACCUUUCAUCAUGUAAACGCUGUGUGAUUUAUUUACUAUGGUCCUGUGAUAUUCAGAUUACGUUACCAUGAUGCUUCCCCAAAUACAAGCAUUCAUUUCUGCCUCUAGCACAAUGCACACAUUUUUACGUUCCUGUCACCAAGACUGUGAACCUUGACCACGUGAAAUGGCUCUAGAUGUGAAGUCAGCCCAAGGCUGUAUCUGCUGUGGGUGGCGUGAGGGGACUGUGGUCAGUGUAUAAGCAACUGAAACAGACCAGGAUUCCCAUCUCCUUCUGCCAUACUAAAAAGUACGACCUGGGGCAGCAGGAUUCUACUCCCCGGAGCUCUAGUUUCUUGAACAGUAAGUUAUGGGGAAUCAUGGCACAUUCUCUGUGGUAGUGAGAAUUCAUGUAAUAUCUACCAAGCUGAGCCUCGCAUAGUGUCUGAUAUGCAAAUCCAAUACAUGUUAGCUUUAAUUAUAAACUUGGAACUUACUAUCACCAAGAGUAGAAAGAAAAAUAAAACACAAAUUAUUGUAUUUUUUGGAUCUUAUUUCGUUUACUCUUUGCAAUAACCCCAAGGACUGUACUUUCUAAACACAGAUAAAGAUAUAGGCUCAGUCAGGGAAAGUAAUCUGUCAAAGGUCACAUACUUCAUGUGAUGGAAUGAAAUUGGAGUCUGAGAAGGCUGUAACCUCAAAGCUCAUAUCAUUCUGCUGCACUAUGGUACUCCUAGGUGAGAUACAAUCUGUUAUGCAUAAAAUAACCGAAAAGCAACAUGAGACCCAAAUCAUAAAGUGAUAAUAUUUGUGGUUUGCUCAUUAGCCAUUCGCCAAUUGGCAGUCUCAUUUAGUCUUAGCUAAAUGGCUAAGUGCUAGAAACACAAAGUCAUGAUUUAUUUUAUCACACAGUAUGUUUAUGGUUUUAUAGGAAAAGCAAAAAUAUACAAAUAAAUAUAAAUGUUCACAAGGAGAUAUAAAUUCUGGUCAGAUUUUUGUCAUCAGUAGAGUUGGGAAAGGAUGGGGAGCCCUUAUGGAAAGUCCUCACUGAAGAGGUAAACUUUGACCAGAGCUUGAAAGGUGGAAAAUUCGCCUGUAAAGGGAAAAAAAUGUAUAGCCUGGUGGUGGGUAUGGACCGUGGAGUACCACCCUUAGUACUAACUAGAUUGUACAGUACCAGGGGUUGAAAUGUAGGGGAGGCUGGACAGGGAAGCAGAAAGUGAGAAAAGAGAUUGCAUCACAGACAGCCUGGCAUAGGGGAAGCACCAUUCACUAAUCCAUCAAUUUUCCAUGCCAGACAAGCAGUCGAGGCUGAAUUCAAACCAACCCGAUGGACCCGAGAGCUGGAUCUGCUUGAGAUCAAAACUGUGUGACAAGUUUCCUGACGUCUCUACCCAUUUUCUGAUUUGCUUUCCUUUUUCUUUUUAUGAUGGCCUUUUCUAGGGUCUGUGGGCCUCUUAGGGUGUUUGCUGACCUUAGAGAGCUCUGAUAGGUUGUCGUGCCUCUUCACUUCUCCAUUCCCUCAUCCAUAGACCCAAGAGUCAAGCUAAUCUGUACUCCUGGGGAGAAGAAUGCAUAAAGUGCCUUCCAGGUUUUGGAAUCACACACCAGGAUUUAGAAUUAGUAGCUACAAGAAAUAAGUAUUUAAUGAUAUAAUAACACGUGUUCAUAUGAGUGCAGAUAUAAAUGUGUGCGUGUUUGAAGGUAGAUGCAUAUUUAUAUCUCAUGAUGUUAGAAAACAAUUUCCUGAUUUUUCCAGUUCUGAUUGUGUGCGCUGCAGUGUCCUGUGACUCCAGCUAGAACUGAAAAUGGAGGAGCUUGACCUUGACACACUGAUACUUUUGGAGGAAGGAAAUUUUAUGCUAAGUAGCGUCUAGUGCUAAGAACCCACUGGGAAUUAAAGUGGAAUUAGUGAGUCGUGUCUUUCUUGUGGACACUUCGAUUUCUUCACCACUAUGUGCACAGCUGUUGCGCUCUAUGGAAAAACAGCCGCACAGCAAAGCAGCUUGAAAGGCCAGUACAGAAACUGUGGUAACGAAAGUCAUACUACAGAACUCAACCAAAUGAAGGUGUCGUCUAUACGUAAGAGCCAUGGACAGUGUACAUUCCUUCUCCCUAAGAAUCAGUUACAAAUGGGACACCUUCUCCCCACAGCUCAGGGACCAUUGCAAAGGAGGUGCAAUGACUGUAAGAGGAAGAGGUCAGAGACUAGAAAACUGUGACUUCUGGCAAUGACAGGACUGCUAUUCUCAGGACCCCACAUAAGACCUGCACAGGGUCAAGCCAGUGGGCCUUCUAGAACGGAGUGGACAGAGGACCAUGAAGAAAUGAGGACAGUGAUGGCUUCUGUGGGAGCGAGAGUCAGUUUUAUUUAAGGGGUUGACUUCUGAUAGGUUGACCAUGCUGUAGUAUGGAGAAAUAUAUAGAAGGCACAAGUUUGAGCCAAUGGAUAUUAAAGUUUUAAAAAGUGGACACAAAGUUCCAGGGUGAAUAGGAAGGAGGGGCACAUCUGGUAGGAGUUAAGGGAAGGUUGGAGAGUCAGUGUGAUCAAAAUUCAUGCAUGAAGUUCUCAAAGAAUCAGAAGUGUUUUUCUAAGGAAUAUGUGUCUAGAGAAGAAUGAUCUAUCAUGGUCUCUCUUACCUCUCAAAAUCUUAAAUACUAAAACCACAAGCUUUAUGUUUAUAAAUCCUGAGAUUUUAAGUUAAUGUCACAUAGAAGUUAGAUACCAAUUACUUUACCAUAUGCCAUCACACGUGGAACUGGAGUUGAAGAAUCCACCCCUUAUUUUAUAGGCAAAGAAUCCAAGACAUUGGCAGGCUAACUCACAUGCCCCAAUGGCUGACUUCAACUAUGGCAGGAUGGUGCAGUCCUCCAACCUCUACCACAACAUGUGCUGACAUGGCCUGCCUGUGACUAAAUCAUGCUUCCCUUCAUCGUUUUAGCCAUAAUUCCUAAACCAUAACCAUCGUGAAUGCUGCACAGGAGACAGAUGGCCCUACUCUAGCUGUGUAGAAGCCUUGCCUGGCAAAUUUGCUUUGAUUUAUAGACAAUGUAUUGUGAGGUUAUUUUAUUAUUAGACUAACCCUUUAUUUUUUGUUGUUUAGAAACAUUCUUAGAAAAAUCAUAAUUUUAAAAAUAGCUAUUGGGUGUGUUCAAUUCAUACAUUUCACUGGUUUUUAGGUGGAGAAAUUUAGUAGGUACGUUCUGUAUUGUGAGUAUGUAUUUAGCUGAUCAACAACAACAGCUCUAAUAGAAUCAUUUACAGCUCAUUGAGAAAAUAAAAGUGCUUCCAUAAAGAUGCACAUGACACCUAGCUCUUACUUCAGGUAACCAAUUUCUUUUUAAAAAAUUGCCCAAAUUUAUAUUUAUAUGCGACAACCAGAACAUCUAAGCAGUUUGUAAAGAAGUUUAAAUGUCCACAGGCUUCACAGACUUAGAGUGUCAGAUCAGAUAGCAGGUAUUAACUCUUACUGUUCUCUGCUACAAAGUUGUUUUACUAUCCUAAUCUUUUUGUUACAUUACAAAAUGAGUUUUUAAGGGUAUUUUUGAUAUUAUUUGUAACAAGAAAAAUACUUACUAUUUAGUUGUUAAACAUCAAAUUCUCACUAGAAACAAUGCUGGCUUUUUUUGUUUGUUUUUUAAAGCUAAGUAACUUAAAAUCAAAUUUUAUUCCAUUUCAUGAAAAAAAAAAACCCCUGUAUUUUCUAACAGUGAAGCGAGUGUUUCUCGUAGUAGAAGCAGUCAUUUGUUUUCAUUUACACACAUAAAAGCUUGACUGCUGGCUAGGGGCCGGGGAGGAAUACAACUCUUCAGGGAAAGCCAUAUUCUCUCUUCUUACAUUCUCACCUUCUUCUUCUCCUCUCUUUCUCCCUUACCUCUCUCCCUCCCUUCUUCCCUCCCUCCCUCCCUGCCUUCAUUUUCUUUCUCGAUUAUUUUUUGUGUUAAGAACAUAAGGCCGGAGAGAAAUGCAUGAAAGCUGAGACUGAUUUAAAACACUGCAGAAAUACUCGACACUACGUCACAAGGUUGUUUAGUCAAAACCCCUCUAUCAAGUCAAAGGGUGUGUUUACACACAGGCUGGAGAAUAGACACACAAACACAAUGGUAAAAGGCAAACUAGAGUCUUGUGCAGAGUGCCAAGUCCUGCACAAUCUUCAGAGAAUGCAGUGCCUGGCAGAGCUCUUCCCUGAAGGACAGCCUUCCAGUUUAUCAGAUGUGGGCUGAUGGACUCACAAAACAGAAGGGAAGCUUCAGAUGCAACACAGUUCAGGCAGCUGUGUGCAUCUCUAAAACUAGCAAAGCCGGGCUCUUGGACAGUUUGGUGAAGUUGCUCUCCUGUAUUGUACACCAUCACAAAGACCCUCAGGAGGAUGACAGAUGUCUUGGUCUGAGUCUGUUUGCCAGAACUUGAAGCAUAAAGCUGUAAACCCAUUCUAAACAAACAAACAAACAACAGCCCCAGAAGUAGUAUGACCGGGUGACCCUGUAAUGCUACUUCUGUACAUUUUCCCCGGAAGAUUGAAGUCAGUCUGUCGAAGGAAUGUCUGCCUGCCGUGUUUAUUGCAGCAUUUCUCACAAGCCAGGUUCUCGAAUCAACCCAAGUGCCCGCCAGCCAGUGAAUAGACAAGUUGUGUGGGGUCUGUCCACCCAGACUUAACGAAGGGAAAACUCCUGUCCUUCGUGUUAACUCUGAUGGGAGCUCAAGAACUCUAGCCCACACAGAUGCUUCACUUCUCCCUUAAAGGUCAGGGGACUAAGGUGAGAAACUACUGAACUCUCAGGAGCAGAGAGAAGUACUGUUGGGAAGGGGGCGAACCGGAGAGAGAAUAAUCGAAAGGCUCCAAGUCUUAGGACAGGCAGCAUAAGUUUGAUGGGCUCUACUCUUUCAGAUGACAGCGACUGCAGCUCAGAGUUCUGCUGACAGAGUGAAAGGGUCACAUUCUCAGAACAGUGCACUUGAAUAUGUGAUAUAACCACUGUACACUGUAUUAAAACUACAGUUCAGUUUGCAUAUCACACCACUACUCAUUACUGUAACUGAUCAACAACAUCCCCAAAUCCUAAAAGACUUUAAAACAAAACUUUGAAGCCUCGGCCCAACCCACGGAAAACCACUGCCAUAGCAAGUUAAAGAGAGGAAGGGAGAAGAGGCAAGCCCCACUGGCUUGGCUCCUCAGCUCCUUCCCAAGCCCUGCAUCUGCAGAGGACAGCUGCAAGCCACCCAGCUAGUGAGGCCACCACCUCCCAGCAGGCAUUAGCUCUGACAGCGAGUGCGGUAAGAGAAAGCCUCGGGAGUUAGCUGCCUCUGGUGUACCCCUGCCUGGGUGCACCCGGUGCCUGUGACACAUUCUCUGCUUCUGGUGCACAGCUGCCCAUGUUCCUGUUCUGAACUGAAGUACCCAGCCCAGAAUGGAGGCUCCGAGGUGAGCUUUCACCUGCCGCCUAGGGCUUGGCUUUGGGAUCUCUCCCUCCGUGGGAUCCAGUAAACUCCGCUUCAUGGAGAUGUCUGAGUGGCCACUGUAGGCAUUUUUUUUUUAACUUCUAGCAUAAAAAGAGAUGAUUUCCAUCAGCUACCUGCUUGCAGUGGAGUAUCAAGAAAUCAAAAGAAUAGAGAUCAAAGAAAAUUGCUGAACUAGGUGUUAGAUGCAGGCAUUGAUUUUCUCCAGUUGUACUUUAAAAAAAAUCUACAAAAAUGGUAACACAUACAACAGUGGAAUCUCUAAUACAUUCCUGACGCCAGCGGUGGUUCCUGCCUUGUCUCCACAUGCAGAAAUAGUUUUGUAUAACAUGACACAGUGAGGCAGGCCCUUAUACCUUAUGUUAUUAUCAAAACCUAAAGAGAAUCCAAGAAAAAGGUACUUUUAAAACUCCGUAAACUGGAAUCCUUUUAGUGGGCACUCAGAACUGGACUUGUUAUCCAACAUUCAUUUGCUCAGAAUCUAGAAAAUGCUGAUUUAAAAUUGAUCAUUAUUUUCUUGUAUGUGUAGAUGUUUUAAAAUAAAAUAUGAUUCAUGGCUAAGAAUAUGAACUGCUAUACAAAGAGUACGAACUGCUAUUUUCUGAUGUUUUGUUACUUAAGCCUUAAACUGUAACUUUAUCAAAUGUUAAACUUGUUUUCAAGUAUCUUAUGAAUAUGUUUUAUUUUUCAAGUUUGUCUUUGGAUUCUAAUAUAUAUAUUAUAUUCAAUACGUACUGUCUACUAUCUACUAUAUAUACAUAUAUAUGUAUAUGAGAAAUUGAUUUCACAUUAUAGUCUCUUACAUUUAUAAAUGAUUUCCAGAUGAUUAAAACAAUAUUCAUCAAAACAGGAUAAUGGUACUAUUGAUGAAGAUAUAAAAGUUCUCAUGAGACUUUUCCUCAUAGUAUACUAUUUUUCUCAAAAUCAUUGGGAUUCAGUUAGUUUUCUUUGUGUUAAACUUGUGAAUUCCAUCAUUAAAGGUAAUUUAGAAACAAACACGUGAGAUCAUUUCCUAAGCAGCCCAGCUCCUAAACGACAAGCACAUCAUAAACUAAUGGCACAGACUAUUGUAGGGUCUGUUUCUGUGAGUGGCCAAAGCACCGAGGCUCAUGUGAAAAAUGCCUAGUUACAUUGGCUUCUUGAUACAAAACUUUCCAGAAAGUUCUUUUCAGGGGUCGUGGUGUUCCCCUGUUGUCCUGAGGCACCUAUGGCAUAGGAUGAAUAGAUUCAGUUACCGUCGGAAAUCACUUCCUUUGUAGAGUUUUGUGUGGAUCACUUAACAGUGUGCCCCAUCUCAUUUUCCUUCUCAAGUGUCACCAACUUGCUUCCACAGUUGUGUCUGUAGAACCUUUGUAAGAAUUUAAAACUCGGUGUG